AUGCAAUUGAAGACUGAUUUGCGAAAAAAGCCACCACCUCCACCAUUGAGAUCCAACACAUCAAGAUCCGAUGACACAGGAACUGACCACAUCGAGCAGUUUAACGAACGUUUUGUUGCUACCAAAUACUCAAGCCCGCAAAGAGAAGCCAGAAGUCUCAACAGUGAUGCAGGACCAAGUACAGAAACAAAUUAUCAGCUAAAAGGUCACACCUCUAAUGCUAAGACACGUGGUGAAGAAACAAACAGGAUCUUCUUCACUAAUGCCACAAAAGACGGAAUUGGGGCGCAAAAUCAAAAUAUCCUGAAUAGUUUCAGCCAAGACAGAAAUAUUGACAAAUUUAUAGACGACGAGACCGAAACCCAUACCCCUAUACAUUACAAAAGGCGAACUGUUCGUCAAGAAGCUGUCAAUGGAGAAGUUUGGAACCGCAUGGAGGAGAAAAUUGAAAUCCAAAAGAUUUCUGACUAA